CUGGCUGUGAGCGCCGUCGGGGGCGGGCAGGGAAUUCCAGCGAUUCACCCCCCCCCCCCCUCCGCAAUCCCGAGCCGUCUCCGCUCGCUUCUCUUCCGACCGACACCACAUCAUGAAGUUGGUCGCAGUUUUACUCCUGAUCGCGUCCUUUCGCUUGGGACACUGUGAUAGACGGAAUAUCGUGUUCAUACUAACAGACGAUCAAGAUAUCGAGCUCCAGGGAAUGACUCCCAUGAAGAAGACUCAGGCCUUAAUUGGAGACGCAGGGGUUACAUUCACUAAUGCAUUUGUGGUGACCCCAUUGUGCUGCCCGAGUCGCAGUGCCAUCUUGACCGGAAAGUAUCCACACAAUCACCUUGUGCGUAACAACUCACUCAGUGGAAACUGCAGCAGUGUGCAGUGGCAGAAAGUUAUGGAGCCACAGGUCUUCUCUGUCUAUUUAAAGAAGCAUGGAUACCAGACCUUCUUUGCUGGAAAGUACCUCAAUCAGUAUGGUCAUGCUACAGUUGGUGGAACAGCCCAUGUCCCCCUCGGCUGGGAUCAGUGGCAUGGAUUGGUUGGAAACUCAAAAUAUUACAACUACACGCUGUCAGUGAACGGUGGAGCUGAAAAACACGGAGACAGCUACCAAAACGACUAUCUGACUGAUCUUAUCGCAAACCGUUCCGUGGGAUUUCUGCAGUCCAAGAAACCACGGGUUCCUUUUUUUAUGAUGCUAUCAACUCCGGCCUGCCAUUUUCCGUGGACGACUGCACCACGAUACAGCAAGUCCUAUAACUUCACCAAAGCUCCUCGUCAUGGAAGUUUCAACGUACAUGGGAAGGAUAAACACUGGCUGCUCCGACAAGCUAAAACACCUAUGAAGAACACCUCUAUCGAAUUCCUGGACAGCACGUUCAGAAAAAGGUGGCAGACUUUGCUGUCUGUGGAUGACCUGGUGGAGAAGGUUGUCCAGAAACUGGAGGAAGUGAAGGAACUGAAUAACACCUAUAUCUUCUACACAUCUGACCACGGUUAUCACACAGGACAGUUCUCUCUCCCCAUUGACAAGCGCCAGCUCUAUGAGUUUGAUAUUCGAGUGCCGUUGCUGGUCCGUGGACCAGGUAUCAAACCUAAACAGAUCAUUAAGGAACCCAUCCUGAAUAUAGACCUGGCACCCACCUUCUUGAAUAUCGCUGGAUAUGAUGUCAUCCAAAGCAUGGACGGCAGCUCCUUUCUUCCCCUUAUGGAUUCUUCACAGAAUAAAACACAUUGGCGCAAUGAUUUUCUGGUAGAGUAUACUGGGGAAGGUGAUGCUAAGUUAGACCCUGCAUGUCCCAGUGUUGGACCUGGCGUGGCGGAAUGUUUUCCUGACUGUGUGUGUGAAGAUGCUUUUAAUAAUACUUACGCUUGUGUGAGAACGUUAUCAAAAGUCAAUCUACAAUAUUGUGAAUUUGCUGACAGUGAGUCCUUUGUUGAAGUCUACAACUUGACCUCAGACCCACACCAGUUGGUCAAUAUCGCCAAAACAGUAGAUCCUUCGCUACUUGUGAAGAUGAACCAGCGAUUGAUCAAGCUCGAAUCUUGUUCUGGAAAUGACUGUCGUACAUUAAAGGUAGAGGAAGAUAGGUUUGAUUCCUAGUUGUAGGAACAAUUUGGAGGAUUGCUCUCUUUCUGGCAGGUCGUAUUUGAGCAAGCAUGGACCAGCCUCUACCCACAAAGGAAAGAAUGAUUGAAAACCCAAUGAUUUGGGUCCACAAACAAGCCGAGUGUGCAAUAAGUCAUCAGAAAGAACCUCAAUUCAAACAGCAGGCCUUUUUCUUCUUGUUAAACAUUCCAUGCAAGAAACUCUGCUCCUGUCUUAAUUUGCAAUAUCCUGCUGUUUACUUUUUAAAAACCCAGAUUGUUUUUGCAGGAUUACUUGAAUGUGGUUUCACACCAUAAACAGAAAUAAACAAAUAUAUUAACCUGCUGGCAGCUUCACCUGUCAACUGAAAUACUUUUUUAAUGGUUGUUAAGAUCACUUAUUUCCCCACCCGAUCCAUUGCUUGGUUGAGCUCGCAUUUUUGAAGAGUUUUGCCAGCUUAUUUGGAAGAUAGCUUUGUGUAUAGCUCAUUGAAAUUGUUUCCCAAAAUCUAAAACUCCAAUUUAAUGGAUUUGAUUGUAUAAAACCUACUCAUCCUGAGGUGGGUCUUGAUGCUUGGGCUGAUUCUGUUCAUCAAAAUCCUGCAAAGGCCAUUUGGAUUUGUGCGUUCUGACUGACUGACUGACUGACUGAAUUGGAGAGAAGGAUAAAUCUGCACUCUCCUGUGAAUUUGCAAGUUUCUGAGCCAUCUCUUUACUGCGAGUUAAUCUUUGUCAAAUGUUGGAAAUGGAUUAAAAGAGCUGCUUAUAUCGACGUUAGCAGUGUUUGGCUUCACUCUGUAUUGCAGCAACUUCCAUAAAUCAUGAUUACAUAACUACCCAGGGCUUACGUAGAAUGUUUCCGCAUGCUGGCAUCGGUUUUGAGAAUUCCUGCAUUAAUUUGAAGGAAGAAUUAUAAAUCAUUACUCCUCUUCAGAGGAAUUGACGAAAGUUCAAGCUGCUUUUGUUGGAUUUAUUAAAAUAAAGCCGGAAAGACAAUUGAUGUUGCAGAAUUCUUUAAUCUCUGGGAAUUGUAGUCUGAAUGUAAAAGCUUUUCGGAUUUCUGUGCUAAAGAUAUUUUUUGAGCAGUAUUAAGCUGUUUUUCUAAAUGUACGAAAAAGCAAAAAAUUAAGAGUUCGAAAUUAAAAGUGCUAAUUGUUUA